AUGGUUGCACGAAUGCACGCCGAUGUCGUCGAUAAGACUCUCACCGGAUGGAUCCUUCCCGAUUUCACUACAACCACUGCCGACAAGACCGUAUGUUCGGCCUUGACAAUGAUGACGCUGAAGCGAUAUUUUGCAUAUUCGGUGAUAACUUCUUGCGCUACUGCUUGUGGAAUUCCAUCAGUCAUCUUGGAGGGUGAGAAGGAUGACUGGCUGAAGCUCCUGCAGCGAGUAGACAAGCUGGACGAAUUUGGCAACGAACCGCGUCCUAGGCGACGAUGCUGGGACCUAUACUGCGGCGUUUUGUGUCUGCUUUCAGCGACGGGCUGGACGUUGAAUUUUGGACACAUGCUGUCUAACUUGAUGACUGGGCAACUGUGUACCUGCAGCCUCGCCAGUCAGCACCGAAAAGCUAGCGAUAAUGAUUGA